UGUAUUCUGUAUGCCAUAAUAUCAGAUUGUCUAGUUAUAAAUUUAUAAUUCAUUAGAAUAUUUAAUUCACUAUCCUAAUUAUUUUUUUAUAUUUAUUCUAUAUUGUUAUAAUUAUUGGGCCCAUGAUUAUAAUAUAAAAUUAUUAUCAUUGUUGAGUGAUAAGUGCGAUAAAUGUUCGUUUUCCAAUUUCCAGCAAUUGUCGGUGGAAAUGUGGAAUUGAGAAAUGUGAACAGUGAAUACAGAAACAAUGAAUUUAGUAAAUUCAAAAUUGUGAUCAAAUAAUUUCAAUAGUGUAACGCGGAUAUCGGAAGCAGCUCCACUUUGAUCACCACAUGGCUAAAACCGAUCAUCGACUGAGGCAGUGAGGCGCCAUUCUUUGGAUCGUUAAUCUGGAUUGCGGUUUAUUGAUUUAUUAUCUUCGAAGUUUUAUCGGAUAUAGAAUGUCGUAUCGGCCGCCCAAUAUUCCAAUAAUUCGAUUUUUAAUGAAUGUUACAAUACAAUAGUUUGGAUAUUGGUAUCACGAAUUCAUGACUUCACAACACUUGAUAAAAAAUAAAGAUUCAGUCCAUUUUAUCAAUCCUAGUCCGUGGUAACUACUAAUUUACAGUAAAUAAAAUAUCUUUAACAUGAGCUGAGCUUUCCCACUUUGUAACUAUUUGCUGUCCGUUAGGUACUUACAUAAAUAUAUUAUCUUUGUGUGUAUUGUAUUGUGUUUACCAUUGAUGUGUGUUGACUUAUAUUUGCUACUGACUAACUGCAGUUAACGUCGUGGACAGAAUGAUACGAUUGUUGUACAAGAUGUCAAUCACACCCCCUAGUGAGGGAUGCUGAUAUGCUAUGACGUCGAGUGAGAUUCUCUGAAAAAAAAUUCCAUCAUCACAAUGACAUCAUUGGAAUAUAGAUUCAAACAUUUGGUGUUCGACAUAUACCCUAAGAACCCACCAGAAUGGCACCGUCCUCUUUGUGUAAUUGAUCAGGGGAUUGCAUGUAAUGAUGACUACUUGUUUAAAUACAAUCGCUAUCGAAAGCAUAAGUCUGAGGUACUUGCUGUUGAGGCUCUGAAAAAAUAUAAUUUUAUUGCUGAUCGUUGGGAAACAAUAAAAUGCAUGAAUUUGCCAACAUAUUUUAAUUUAACUAGGAUUUUGAUGUCUGGUAAUUUAAUUAUUGUUCAUGGUGGAAAAAACUUUGAGUACAUUAAUGAAUACACUUUUCGACUUUUCAUCGGAAACUUAUCAAAAAAAAAUCAUUUCAACUGUGUACAAUUCGAAGAAAUUUAUUCUGCAGACGGAAUUCCCAUUAUUACUGAGUAUGGUCAACCAGUUCAUAUAGAAGGAAAAUUUGUAUACUUUCUCAAUGGGACAUCAGAAUACCAAAAUGAAAUGGAUGUUUAUAGGCUUGAUUUGUGUACUAAAAAAUGGCAGUUAUUAUGUCAAGCUUGUGGUCAACACCCAAGAACUGAUGAGAGUCUUAGACGUGAAGUGGCCUAUUAUGACGACCAUUUAUACACGUUUGGUGGUGUGCAUGUGAUGAUUCAACAUAAAAAUAUGUUUCUAGACACAUUUGAAAAAAUACAAGUGUUUGACAUAUCAACUAAUAAAUGGCAAUAUUUUAAAACUUUGCCUGAUAUCAAGAAUUUAUCAUCACCUUAUCCUGCAAAUCGCUGUUAUUAUGGAUGGGCACAAUGUGUGACCCAACCAGAAUAUGUAUAUAUGAGUGGUGGAUCUGAUAAUCUUAACUUUUUCUCAGAUAUUUGGCGAUUAAAUCUUAAUACUCUUCAGUGGUGUAACCUUAUGCCAUGUAAGCUGCCUAAAUCAAUGUUUCUACAUUCGUCUACUGUUGUACCGUCAGGUCGCAUCUACUUCCAUAAUGGAAUAGUUAGUACUGAUUCAAUUAAUGUACAUCAGAAAGAUGACAUAUUAUGUGCUUGGGUUAAAAUCCCAAAGUUAAUUGACAUAUGUUGGGAUGCCAUGUUAUACUAUUUCAAAAACCAAUUGUUUAAGUUGUCUAUAGAAGACUUAGAGAAUUUGGGGUUACCAUCAGAGUAUUAUGAGAGAAUAAUUAAAGCCAAAACUUUAGUAUAAAUACUAUGUAUAUUUUAUAUGUUUUAUUCAUUUUCAUCCUAUUUUAAUUGUAAAUAUCUAAUUUA